AUUAGGGUUAAGUAAGCAGAAUAGAAAUGGUGAGAGAGGAAGUCUCGAAGAUGGGGACGGGAAGAUGGCACUGCUAUGUUAUGUGCGGGGAGUGGUUGUGUAAAGGUUGUGGAAAAUGGGAAUUUCAAGUUGAUCAGGGUAGGAAAUCUAGGAUCGUUCCUGUAUUUGAAGGCAUGAACCUGUUGGAGAUGAAGGAAACUGUUUCAUCUGAGUUCGGGGUUUAUACUCAAAUGACGCUAAGUUACUGGUCCCCAGAAAGCCUCAAAUUCGUGACAGGAGUGAAAACACCUCCUGUAAUGGUUACUACAGAAGUUGGAUUAGAUUUAUUUCUGAAGAUUGCUGUAAAGAACGACUCAAUGAACUUGUUUGUGACAUUUGAAGAACCGAAGGAUAAUCUGAAUCGGAUAAGUGAUGAGAGAUCUGGUGGAACAGGUUGGAGCGAUGAAAUUCCUACUGGAGGAGCAUCUAUUAGGUUGGAUGAUGAGGAUUUACUUGCUAAUGUCUUGUUGGUUGAACAAAGAAAAGACCGUAAGAGAGGGCCAAUUGUUAGCGAGGCAGAUUGUACUUUUGGGUCGGAUAGGUUGGAGCUUAGUCAAGGAGAAUCGUCAGAUGAACAGGGUGACGACACGCCAGAGGAUUCUAUUGGCGGUGAUGAUUAUGUGAGGCCAGCAGGUUAUGAUCAAGAUUUCUGGAAUAAUUUCCUAGAAGAAGAUUUGGGAGGUACAGACGCGGUUGAUGUAAUGUGCAGUGGUGGAGAAUCAGGUGUGUUUAUACAGGAUGGAGUUGGGUUAGCCGGUAUACAAGCAGGAUGGUCAGAUCCACUAGUACAGGCUCCAGCUGAAACACGAGAUUUAAUAGAUAUAGAUGAUGAGGAGUUUGAUAUCCCCCCUUUGUUUGACGACACUGAGUAUGAGACAGAGCCAAUACCUGAUCUUGACAGAGAAGCUGAUGAUGAGGUGCGUGAGAUGGUGGAGGUGGUGUCUUGUUGAAUCUUUGAUGUUUUGUAUACUGAUGAAACCAUUCCUUUUUGUGAAGGUUCGAUAUGUGGUACAUCUGCUCCCUACAAAAUUUUAUAAAAUGAUGUUUAGCGU